AAAACUAGAGGUUUGAUUUAUAAUUCAAAAUUUAUACAGAAUAUUUAAAGGUUUCAGUCAAUUAAUGAACAUAAAAUUAAUCGAGUAGAUUUUGUUACUUUCUGAUCGAAAAAAUAAACCAACAUAAGUGCUUGGAGAUAUGGAAGGACAUGCGUUUGUUCACCGAGCGUCGGCGCCAAAUUUGCCUAGGAAUAGCACAAGUAGUAGUAUUUCCAUAGACGGAUAUACUAUUUCAAACUAUAAGGGACCUGAAAAGCUUCGUGGACUAAAGAGGCUAUCGGCAGUGUAUAUUCAACCACGAUUCGAUCAUCACAAUCUUGUAAAGGGAUUAUCUAGUCAAAGCGUUUACACAAAGAAAUACUAUAAAAGUUCAAAAUGGGAUCAAGAAUACUGGGUGCAUCGGGAAAAAACUUUUCACGAUGAUGCCGAUUUGAGCCAGCAUCCUAGCUACACUAUUAAGAAUGUUGCUUAUAAUGUCGAAUGCCAAUUACUUUAUAUGGAAGCAAAAGAAAAGUAUCAGGCACAGUUUUUGAAAGAAAUGCAACACUUUAUAGCUUCAAAACGAAAAGUAUCGGAUCAAUAUUUUUCAAAAAAGGUAAAUUAGGAAAAACUAUUGAAA